AUGAGGUAUGGGCAUGCAAGCUUGGUUGCCAUGGUUACCAACAGCCUAUCUUUGUACCACGACUAUGCUCAGAACGACGUUGCUCCUUCCGCACAUUCGCUGUUCUUUGAUGUCAUACUCGAAGACCGUGUCUCUCAAGAGAUGCUCAGUGUGUACGAUCGCCACCAAUGGCUGCGGCUGGUUGAAAGCUACACGCUGGUACAACCAGGCGACACCCUGCGAGCAAGCAGACCCAUAGGCAACAUGGCCAAAGACUCGCGUGCGUUCAGAUACGGCGUGUACUGUGGGUAUGCGCACGUGGUGUGUGUGGUGGAGGAGAAGAAAGGUUACUACAUCCGUGAGAUAGGCUUGGCGGAGUUUAUGAACGGCAGCACUGUGUCUGUGAAGACGCUGCAGAUAGUUGACUAUGCCACGGGGAGUGUGUUUGCGCCUCUUGACAGCAUCCGAUUGGCCAGGGCGAGAGUGGGGGAGAAGUAUCCGUACAGUGUCAUCAGCGGCAACACAGACAGGACCUUCUGCAGAGUGUGCGCAACCGGCUUCACACAAGCUCUGCAGUUAGAGGCUGGCUUGCCUAUUGCCGCAGGCACUGUUGCGUUGGCCGGAGGUGCUGCAGGCGCGUCCAUAGGCGCCACAAUGGGGACUGCGGGUAUGAGCAUGGGAUGGGUCAUGGCUGCAGGGGCUGCCUCUGGUGUGUUCGCGGGGGUUGUGAUUGCCGUUGGGGCUGCGGCGGUGGUGACGAGUGUGGCAGUGCGACAUCACAAGGUCAUGCAGGCCGAAAGAGAGUACCGAUUCAGUGUGUGUGUAAUCAACGAACGCACAGACACAGCCACAGACACAGCCACAGCCACAGACACGGCCACAAUCACAGACAUAGACAAAGCCACAGACACAGCCACAGACAAAGCCACAGGCACGGACACAGACACAGCCACCGCCACAGACAAAGACACAGACAAAGACACAACGCAGACAGGUGUAGAGACUCAUACGAUACACACGGAUGAACUCACAGAUACUUUACCUACCAUUCAACAGACGAACGAAGAUACAGAUAAUUUACCUACAAAUCAACAGACGAAUGGAAAUACAGAUAUAUCACCUACAGGUCAACAGACGAAUGAAAAUACAGAUACUUUACCUACAGGUCAACAGACGAAUGAAUAUUCAGAUACUUUACCUACAAAUCAACAAGCGGAGACAGAUACAACACCCGUACACGAUCAGGGCGCACACACAACGUCAACCAAGACCAACACAGACAAUAGCAGCACACACACGAGCACAGAGGUAGCAGAAAAUAGUGCCAAGAGACGGCAAGAGGAAGAGGAUGUCACAGGAAGCACCACGAGUGCUAAGCAAGAUAAGGGUUUGGUGUCAACGGACAACGGACUGACUGAGACCAGGCGAUUGGUUAACGAGAUGGCUGAGGGCAUGCCAACCAUAGUCGCUUUCCGCAUAGAUGAGAAGGUCACUCCACCGGUCCUUUCGAUUCAUGACCUGGGCCUCUUACUAGGACUGAGUCGCAACGAACGGAUUGGCAUAUACGACCGCCGGCAAGAUCGAUACUUCGACCCUCUCCUGGAGACGACUAUGUUGGUGAACGAUUAUGUGCCCAGGAUAUGCAGUCUAAAAAUAGCACCGCGUGGAUCGUUUGAGUUCGAUGCGGUGGCGCUGGGCCUACACCCAGUACAGUAGACUGGCAAACAUGAAUUAGAAUUUAGGACAAUACUCAAACCAAGAUGUGUUGGAUUCAGGAUAGCGGAGUAUUAAACCACCGGC